AUGACAACUUCCACUGAAGAAUGGCUCAGUCACCUCCACCGCCUCAUAGACCGCGACAACUACAUCUACGCCGACGAUCUCCGUAACUGGGGCUUCACCAUCUACCGCACAUGCUACACGCCCUCAUCCGACGAGAAAUGGCCGCAACUCCUGGAAACAAUCCAAACAUGUGCACACAACGACGUCUUGUCCCAGACCCAGUCCAAAGAAGACGAUGCGCAAUUCAAAAAAGUUAUGUCUCUCUUCCGCCUCGACGCCCGCUCCGAACCCUCUCUCUCCGCCCUGACUAUCCCUCAGCUCCGCGAGCUAUACAACACAACCUCCACCGAUCCCCCGUUGAAUUCAGACUUCCCCCUGCGUCGUGUCUUCCUCGUCGCCAGCGCAGAGACCUUCUGGGCCGACGAGCCCGACACCGUCAUCACGUGCGUGGAUGCAGACUACCGGACGGAAAACUACGUCCCUAUGCCAAAGCACCAAAAUCCAAACUGA